UGUAACGACUUUAAGCAACUCUUUGGCUAUGCGCAGUCACUGCUCAUUUAUCUUGUUAUUGUAGUUAUUUUUUUACAGUAACAUCAGCAGAGCUGAUGGUCGUUUUUUAUUCAUUUGUGCUUCAAUUAAGUUUUAAUACUAACAAUUCUAACGUUCUGCUGUAACAUCUAGACUAGACGCAUUCAUUCUAAUUUGUUCACGCUUAGAUUAUUUUAUUUUCACAACAUGAAACCAAAUUUAUCAACGAUCGUCUUUUCGUUACUUUUUUGGGGAUUCAUUAUCGCAUCAUGGCACGUGCCUGAAGUAUCGUCGACCAUUCAUGUCUUAUUCGUCAUGCCCUGUUGGGGGGCUCAUUUCGGAGUCAUGGCCAACCAACUAUUCGCUAUUUGUCGCAUUCAUAAAUGCACAAUCUUAGAAAUUUCCAAGUUAUGUGAAAAAAAGUUGAAACCAUUUCGGGAAAUAGUUCAUUUCGACGUCCUAAAACGACAUGGUUUAGGUCAGGAAGUCUCGUACGUCAAACACAUUGAGUUUCUUCGACAGUUUUGUCCCAUCACUUUAGCGAGAAAUGAGUUUUGUUACGAAGUUUUAUCUGAAAUAUUAUCAGAUAGCAAGAACAAAUUUGACCUUAUGAUGGUCGAUCAUAUAUAUCCCGGUGCUAUGGUAGCUGCUGAAAAAUUUGACCUUCCAGUUAUUGUACAGACCGUCGCAAUGUCCGGAGGCGUCGAGCACAUUCAAGACAAAAUACCUAUUAGUUUUCUCGACACUCUCAAGUUCAAAUACUUUUACACUCCAUGUUGGAACUGGAUCGACGAAAAACGCCAGGAGCUACGGCUUCCGGAGCUUGAUUGGCAAGGACGCUUUACAUACCAGGAAUACCCGAUUCGGUUUCCAAUGUUGCUGAUAACUUCGCCCAGUUUUUUCCCGGAGCCCCACCCAAGCGCAGAGUAUAUCUACAUAGGGGGGAUUCGGGAUGAGUCCUUGACUGAAAAAUUGGGAUCCAAAAUUAGCUCCUGGAUCGAGACAGAUGAAAGAGAUAUCAUCUACGUGUCUCUAGGAACUAUUUCAGCUCUAACAAAAGAAGAUUUUGCUGACUUCCGAGAAAAAGUUUUGAAACAAAAUCAGUUUAGAGUGAUUUGGUCUCUAAGUAUUGGUUUGCAAAACGUGGCUAAAGAAAUGAAAGUCUUCCAAGAAGAAAACGAAGUUCUCUAUCUCAGUGACUAUUUGCCCCAGUACGCUCUUUUAGGUCGUUCAAAGGUCAAAUAUUUCGUCACUCAUUGUGGAAUAGGCUCUUUAACAGAUCUGAUUGAAAAGAAGGUCAUUCCGAUUUGCAUUCCACAAUUUGGCGACCAAUUUGUCAACACGCACUUGAUUGAAAAAAUGUCAUUGGGUGGAUCCAUCGACGCAUUUGAUUGGUCAGAAAUUGUGCAAUCAGUGCUUACAAUUGAGAAAAACAGAAGCGUAUUUUCUGAAAAUUUAGCCAAGGUAUCGAAUGAGUUUUCAGUUUUGGAAAGUGAAGAAAAACUUGUUCAGUUCAUGGAACGAAUUGCCACGAGGAAAAACAUAACAAUUCAGUUAGAUCUUAAGUUUGAAUCAAAUAGUCCGAGAUUUCAUUUCAUGAUGAAUAUUUCGUACUACUCGAUUUUGAUUGCAGCAGCUGUUCUUGUUGUUUGGUUUGUUCACAUGCUGAUGAAAUCACUCAGGAACUUGGGCGACACGAAAGCUAACGAAAUUGAUAAGAAAAAGCAUAAAUAAUUUACUGAGUGUAAUUUUUGCAGAACUAACCAAAUUAUUCAAAUGAUAAGA